AUGCAAGUUAAAAGGAAUUAUGCAAAAAGUCAAUUUGCAGUUAGCAUUUUCGAUUGGCCUAUAACUAUUCCUUGUUAUGAACUUUGUUGUAACAAUAAUUAUUUAACGGAAGAACUAGCAAAGGCUGGGAACAGAGUUAUUAAUGAUAACUCUUGUGCUAUAAAUCCUCCGUAUUUGUCGACUCUUGAUCUUGACGACUUUUUUCCUUAUUUUUCUGUCCAAUAA